GGGGCGGUGCUACGGCCCGGCCCGGGCGGGGAGGUUCGGCGGCUGCCGCCAGAGGCGAGGCCCGGGAUGAGCCGCCUGGGCCCGCGUCUGAGCCCGCGGCCGCUCCUGCGUGGGCCUUGGGCGGUGCCACCGGGGCUGCGUCGCGUCACGGUGGCCGCGGGUUUGCGUCGCGGACCGGCAGGUUCCAGCGUCCCCUCCGCUGCCGCCAUGGAAGAGCUGCUGAGUCGCUCGGUACCGCCGCUGCCUCCCUACGAGACCAAGGAGAAGGCGCCGCCUCCGGCGGAGCUGCGCAGCGCGGAGUUCGUGCGGUUUUACCGCGCUCUGGAGGCCGGGCCGCCCCGGGCCGAGCUCCUCACCCGCUUAGCCCGCGAUUUCGGCGUAGAUCACGGUCGGGUGGCGGAGUUCAGCGCUAAAGUGCUGCAGGCCCGGGAGCAGCAGCGGGAGCUCGGGGCCCUGCUGCAGGCCGAGGAUCGCCUCCGUUAUUACCUCAACCCCCGGUACCGGGGGCUCUUCCAGCACCUGGGCCGGCUGGAGGGAGGGCUGCGCUUCCUGGUGGAGCUCAGGGGAGACCUGAUGGAAGGGCUGGCGACCAAGGCGGUGGAUGGGCCUCAUGUAAAGGAAAUGAAUGGAGUUUUAAAGAACAUGCUUUCAGAGUGGUUCUCAACAGGAUUCCUAAACUUGGAACGGGUCACUUGGCAAUCCCCUUGUGAGGUACUCCAGAAAAUUAGUGAUUCUGAAGCUGUGCAUCCUGUUCGGAACUGGGUUGAUAUGAAGCACCGAGUUGGAUCCUAUAGAAGAUGCUACUUUUUUUCUCACUGUGCAAUCCCAGGAGAACCACUGAUUGUCUUGCAUGUUGCACUAACCAGUGAUAUCUCCAGCAGCAUCCAGGCCAUAGUGAAAGAAGUGCCACCUUUAGAAGCAGAAGAUACAGAGAAAAUUACAACAGCAAUUUUCUACUCAAUCAGUUUGACUCAGCAGGGACUGCAAGGUGUGGAACUUGGAACCUACCUCAUCAAACGGGUUGUAAAAGAGCUGCAGAAAGAACUUCCUCAAAUAAAAGUUUUUUCUACUCUUUCACCUAUCCCGGGAUUCACAAAAUGGCUCGUUGGACUCCUCUCCUCACAAACAAAAGAAAUGGAAAGAAAGGAACUUUUCACAGAAUCAGAAUGGCAAGAAAUCUCCAAGAUCACAGGAGACUCUACUACUGAAACACUAAAGAAACUCUUAAAUAACAAUGAGUGGGUGAGAUCUGAAAAACUGGUUAAGGUGCUCCAGUCACCACUGAUGAAACUCUGUGCCUGGUAUUUGUAUGGAGAGAAACAUCGUGGCUAUGCUCUUAAUCCAGUUGCCAAUUUUCAUCUUCAGAAUGGUUCUGUGCUGUGGAGGUUAAACUGGAUGGCAGACACAAGCCCUCGGGGCAUUGGUGCUUCUUGUGGCAUGAUGGUGAACUACAGGUACUUCUUAGAGGACACAGCCAGCAAUAGUGCAGCCUACUUGGGGACCAAGCACAUUACAGCCUCAGAGCAGGUCCUUUCCUUGGUGUCUCAGUUCCAGCAAAAUAGCAAACUUUGAGUAAAUAAUCAUGGAAAAGUAAAGACAAGUGUUCCUCACCCCUAAAGAACUCUAAUGCUUUGCAGUGUCUAUAUUUAAAUGAGAAUGUCUGCUAGAAAAUAAAUGUACUCAACACAGCAGGAUGCCAAGUUAUCCAGAUUAUCAGUUGUCUUGCUUACAUUGCCAUUGCCAAUCAAUACCUGAUUUCUGUGAAUGAAUCACUAAGUUCUAGACAUCUGUUACAUUCAAAUGGGUUGAUGGUAUGUGUUAAAGGGUGAGUAAAAUUCUCCCAGUUACAGCUCAGUAGUAACUUGAAUAAUGGAAGAUAGUUAGGCCAUGCCAUUAUUCUGUUUGUAACCUCUAUAAACCAUGAACUUCAAAGGAGCUGCAGUUAUUUGUCAUAAUACUACUACCAGAGAGAGUUCAGUACUGAAGUACCUGGAAAGAAGUGCUGAAUGCAGGUGAAUUUUUAGUCAAAUGUAUUAGUGAAACAGCAAUCUACAAUUUCAUUUCAAUUGAGUUUGGCUUUUUUUCCCCCUCAAAACUCAUGUAAUGCCUCUUGGUGUUUUCCUUUUUCAAACCCACUAAAAAUCUCACAGAAUCUUUGCUUUACUGGAGCAUGAAAAAGCCUUGUAUUAAUAGUGUAGAAAACCUCUUAUCUUUCAGUGCAGCAGGUCUGGAGUGCUAUAUUUGUACUUUUGUUUGCUAAAUUAUAAUGGGCAACAAGGGCUUGUUCAAAUAGGAGAGGGGAAUAAGAGAGACUGAUACUUAGGGAUCAACAGAGCAGUUUCCAAAUACAUGUACCAUACUUUGGGUCUGGGAAUCUUUUCAGCUGAUGAAGAGUUUUUUUAAUGAAGAGGUAAGUGUGACUUGCAAACAAAUAAACUUUCUCAGUAAAUCAUGUCUUGUGUAUUUCAGCAAGUACCUCCCUUCACUUAACAGCUCUCCCUGAUAAGAGUCUCACCAGAGC